AUGAUUGCUCAAAAGCAAAAGAUGUUGAGGGAGCAUUCUGAAGAUUUAUAUAUCGGAAAUGAGGAGUUAGAAGAUCAAGAAAAUCAUGGUGAUGAUAUGAGGUAUGCAAAAGAGAAAAGACAUGAAAAUGGAUAUUCAAAAGAGGCAAGAAAAGUAGAGAAACUAGCCUUGAAUGAGAAAGAGAAAAUCAAAGAAAAGAAAGAGGAAGGUGAAAAAAAUAAGUUAGCCUUGAAAGCAAAAGAGAAAAUUAAGGAAAAGAAAGAAGAAGAGGAGAAACAUUUGAGAGACAAAGGGCAAGAAAUUGACUCUAAUUAUUUGUCUAACUUUGAUAAUUCGCUAUUGCAAGUUCUUGAAGACGUGUCUCUAAAAGAGGAAUGUCAUCAAUAUAUUGACUUUGAAAGCAAAGAAAAAGAUGAUGGCAAAAUUUAA